AUGAAGACCAACUGGUAUAGAACACAUCUGGAGAAGUCAUUAAAUGAUCUUGGGUUGGAGCAGUACUACAGAAAGAAGAUAACACUCAGAAAAAUACUUGAGAUUGAUGAGAAGAUCAUCACUGAUGAAGCUGCCAACUGUAAAUCAGACCUUCCUUGGUAUUUUCUAAAGAAACUGAUGAUGGUUAAUGUGACAGCAAGGAAUGUGACAUAUAUCACAGUGUAUGAGUCAGACAGCUCAAACACAGACAGCAUGAUAAACCCCCUUGAUAUAAUCACUGCUCUUUUUCUGUGUUCUGAUGGUCUUGUACAGCAGGAAAUGGCACUCAAAAUGUCCACAUGUCAGUUUGCUGUGCCUUUGCUGCUUCCCAAUUGUGAUACAAAUCAGUGCACACUCAUGCUGUGGGCCAUGAGGGACAUUGUUAAAAAGUACAGACCUCAGUCUCUGUCAGAGUCCAAGGGCUUCAUUGAAGACAGAAUCGUUCUGUCUGAACUUCCAAUGAUCUCUUUUGUCAGACUGGGUGAGUGCUCCUUGUCCAAGUCAGAGAUUCUCAAUAAGCUUCUGAGCAAUUCUCAGCAGUACCAUGACACCUUUGUUCAUCGCAACAUGGAGUGUGGUGACAGUCCAAGAAAAAUAUCCAACGGACUGACUGAAAUUACUUGGUAUCUUCCUGGUGGAAAAGCAAACAUUGAUAUUGUCAGUCAGCCAGUGGCUGUAGCUAACCUUCGUGGCGACAUUGCUUCACUUGAAACACAAUACUCCUUUUUGUGUCAGACAUCUGCAGCAGUUUUUGUGUUCUUUGACCAUUUAGACUCUGAAUCUGAAUUUAGUCUACUUACCAACCAACUGCACAAGGCACAGAUCUUCUUGGUGGGUAACUAUGAGAGCAAGCACUUCAGUGAAGAUGCUUUGGAAAAAUUAGCAACCAUGUUGGGCUUGACUAACAACAGCAUCAUUAUUAAGACAAAACAGAGAAAUGAUGCAGACUUUGUGAAAAGUUUGAGGGAAACAGUCAGAAAUGUAGUUAAGAACUCAAUGAUGAAGAUGACAAUAGAGCAGAUGGCAGAAAUUGCCCAUGAACUAGGCAUUCCAGUUGAUGAAGACUCUCCAGAGUGCCAGGCUGCAAGGACAAACGCAGAUGCCAUCAUUGCAGAAAUUCAAGACAUCCUUAAAUAUAAAGAAGAUCAGCUUCCACGGCAAGGUGAAAUAUGGAAAGAACUGACCCGCUUAGAGAAGGAAGAAUUUCGGCUUAGAAAAGUUGGCUCUAAAAAUAUAGAAGAAUACAAAAGUGAACUUCAGCUGCAGAAACAACAACUGCGGAAAAAGCAGAACUUCUAUGACAUGUCGACAGCUAUGACACGGUUCAUUAUUGCAAUAUCAAGCCCAGGAACAGAGAGGUUUUAUUUCCUGAAAUGGAUGCGAAUGAACCUGGAUAACAUGUCUCGUGUAAAACUGUCUGAACUUCGGGAGAAAUAUAAAGAAAAAUGCAAGAACUCUGAGAACAAAGAGGAGAUCAAAGAAAUUGACAGACAAAUUUCCAACAGCUCACUGGGGACUGAACACUUCUUCCGUGAAAUGGGUCAGAUCUAUGAAGCCUCACUGUCCCUUCCACAAACAGAUCCAGCACGUCAACAGCUGCAGCAUCUGCCCAAACUGUGUGCAGAGUUGUUGCUUGAUGGAUUUCCUCUUGAGCUUGUAGAUGGAGAUGCAUCCAACAUCCCUCUCAGAUGGGUGAGUGAUGUUCUCUCUCAGCUCAGUGACUUGGUGUCUCCAAACAGAAAGAUACGUGUAGUCACAGUUCUUGGAGUUCAGAGCACAGGAAAGUCCACUCUCCUUAACACCAUGUUUGGAGUGCAGUUUGCAGUCAGCAGUGGUCGAUGUACUCGAGGUGCCUUUAUGUUGCUCAUCAAAAUCAAUGAAGACAUGAAAAAAGUCCUAAACUGUGACUUCAUGGUGAUCAUUGACACUGAGGGCUUAAAGUCACCAGAACUUGCACAACUAGACAACAGCCAUGAGCACGACAAUGAGCUUGCUACACUUGUUGUGGGACUGAGUGAUGUCACCAUAGUCAACAUUGCAAUGGAGAAUUCAACUGAAAUGAAGGACAUCCUACAAAUAGUUGUGCAUGCUUUUCUCAGGAUGAAGGAGGUGGGCAAAAAGCCUAAAUGUCAGUUUGUUCACCAGAAUGUGUCCGAUGUUUCAGCCCAUGAGAAGAACUCACGAGACAGGAAACUGCUCCUGGAACAGUUAAAUGAGAUGACCCAGGCAGCAGCCAAAAUGGAAAAGAAAGAGGAGAACAAGAGCUUCACUGAUGUGAUGGAGUACAGUCCAGACACUGGGAACUGGUACAUUCCUGGACUCUGGAAUGGAAACCCACCAAUGGCACCAGUCAAUACAGGCUACAGUGAGGCUGUAUAUGAGCUCAAGAAACACAUCAUCCAACUACUGGGAAACUCUGAAUCAUCUGCUAAUAAUAUCUCUGAGUUUAAAGAGUGGGUGACAAGUCUGUGGACUGCAGUAAAGCAUGAAAACUUCAUCUUCAGCUUCAGAAACAGUCUAGUAGCUGAUGCAUACAUGAGACUCUGCACAGAAUUCAACAAAUGGGAAUGGGAAUUCAAAAAAGAAAUGUACACCUGGGUAACAAAUGCAGAAACGAAAAUUUCCAAUUUUGGUACAGUUGCAUCAAAAUCUGAAUCUUCUGACAUGAGAGAAUUUCUCACAUGUUUGAAAAGUGAAGCCUCCACAGUGCUGUCCACAUGGGAGACAAGACUUCUAGAAAAUCUGACACAGUAUUUCAAACAAACAGAGGGUCAUGUUUAUCUGGUUGAAGGAUACAAAGAGGAAUUCUCAAACAAUGCAAAGAGCCUUAGAAAAGAAAUGGAGAGAUCUGUUUUUAAUCAACUCACAACAGCAGCAGAAAUCAGAGAGGGAAUGAAAGAAAUUAAUACAAUUAAGAAGAGUCAUACAAAAGAGAUUGAAAAGGCAGCUUGGGUACUAAUUGAUGAAUGUCGGAAAAAGAAUAUUCAGAUGAGUGAUGAAGAGCUGGACAAAGAGUUUGAUAAGAUGUGGAGUGAAACUCUGAAGAAACUUUCUUUUUCUGAACAAAAGAUCACAAAUAUCUUUACCAGCGUAUCUCACUACCUGAGAAUCAAUCUGUCCUACAGGGGGAGUCAUGCAUGUGAAUUAUUAAGUCAAAAAAGUUUACAGGAUUGUGGAAGACAGUCUUUUAAAUAUGCACCCAAAGGAUCAAUCUACGAAUACCAAAAAAAAUUAGCGUUUUUCAAGUUUCAAGAUCACACAAUGGCUGUACAAAAAUUGGCUGACAGCAUCAUCAAUGUUUGCUCUCAGUUUGUGAGAGAAAAAGUGAAAAGAAAAAACAACUACUCAGAUACUUACAUCCAGGAGAUCCUACACAUCAUUGAUGAGAAACUACAAAACAAUCAAGAUGUUCGGACAGACAUUAAGUUUGAAUUUUCUCUGAAACAGCACAUCUGUGGAUUUGCAGCCAGAGAGUUUCAGAAAAUGCACGAAGAUUUCGUCCAAGGAAAUGAUCCCUACAGAUGUCUGAUUAAAUACAAGGAAAAGUUUUGUGAUGAUUUUAAAGACAUCUUUAAUAAAAGAGACCAGUGUCAGAAGAAGGCAGAAGAAUUCACCAACAAGUGCUUGAAGCCUGCUGUUGAGGACUUUAUCAAUUAUCUCCUGGGACAUGACAUUGUUGAUGAAAUGCUGACAUGUGAGAAGUUCAGCACACGAAUGUCCUUCCAAUAUCCUAUUUUACUGGAUUUACUUUCAAAGGAUGAUUUUCAAAACUAUCUGAGAUAUAUUUGCUCAUUUGAGAAGUAUGUAAAGACAUGGAUUCACAACAAAAUAGUGGAACGCUUUACAACUAUGUCAACAAUAUCAGUGUUUGAGCACCGACAUCUUCAGUCAUGUAUCAGAAGCAUAAAUGAUGCCAUCAACAAGGCCCAAAGGGGAAAGAGUGAUGAUUUGAAGACCUUUGUUGAAGAUAUUUGUAAAGAACUUGGUCACAAGCUGGUCAUUUCCAAAGAUGCUCUCGGUGUUUUCAUGUUUUUGAACAAUGCUGACAAAGAGCAGUUUGCUGACUGGCUAACAGUGUCUGUGAAUGAGAUGGCACAAGAUCUGAGAAUGAAGUUUAAAAAUGUAAACAUUGAAAUGAAACUACAGCAUCUCCAUGUGCAGCCCCAAAAUGAGCUUUUCAACAAAUUGGUUGGUUGUGGCAAACAGUGUCCAUUCUGCAAAGCUCCCUGUGAUGCAGGAGGAAGAGCCCAUACUGAGCACUUUGCUCUACUGCAUCGACCUCAAGGUCUGGGAGGUUUCAGUUGGCCAAAUACACAAAAACUGAUCACUGACAUAUGCUCUUGUCUUGUGAUCGGUGACAAUCAUUUUUGCUGCAGUGAUACAAACCAUAAAUAUCACCCUUACAAGAGUUACAAGAAAAUUUACCCAGACUGGAAAAUCCCUCCAGAUGUGAGCCUUGAGGCAUCAGACUACUGGAAAUAUGUCAUUACAAGGUACAACAGAGACUUUGCCAUGAAAAUUAAUGCAGUACCUGCUGAUAUUCCAGCACCCUGGAAUGACAUCACAAAACAGAAGGCAGAAAAAAGCCUCAAAGAGUCUUUUUAUGUCCGAUGA